GAGAUGGACACAUCAAGCCCUGCAACACUUGUCAAUGCACAGAUGCUGAACAUGUUUGUUGGGCGAAGAGUGCGCACGGUUGUUCAAGUCCAACACAAUGAAGGUGGAGUGCUUGUCGGGCAGUCCACCGAUGGGCACCAGUUGUGUGUCAAAAGUGCCAUGGACGUCCCCGUAUCACAUUUUAUGGAGGUUUAUGGAAUUGCUGAAAACAGCGAGACCAUCCGUGCUGAAGUUUGCACAGAUUUUGGUCCCAACUUUG